ACAACUUUGUGUAUGCUCCCUCAACUACGAGAAGGAUCGGCAUGAUUACAUAGGAAGCAUCUGUAUUGUUCACGGAAAAGAGACAAAAGUUUGGUGAGUUUGGAGAAGCAUGGCGCGAGAGAUUGGAGAACCUGGAGUAGCCAAAAGUUCCACUACUAAAAAGCACAAAAGGAGAAAAAGCAAGAAAGAGAUCAAGACAAGAACUGUGCACGCAAAUAUUUUAUAUGACCAAGCCAAAGGAGGGGAUAAUCCUAACAGACACUAUGCAAACAACAAGAUAAAAACAACCAAAUACACUCUACUUUCUUUUAUACCGAAAAACCUUUUCGAGCAGUUCCACCGAUUUGCCAACGUGUAUUUUGUUUUCAUAGCCUUGCUGAAUUUUGUGCCUGUGGUCAACGCUUUCCAACCAGAGCUUGCCCUCGCUCCUGUGGUCUUUAUUUUAUCUGUAACCGCUAUAAAGGAUUUAUGGGAGGAUUACAGGCGGCACAGAUCAGAUAAAGAAAUAAAUCAUAUGGAUUGUCUGGUUUACAGUAGGAGUGAGCGGCAGUAUUUGGAAUGCUACUGGAAGGAGGUGUGCGUGGGCGACUUCAUCCGGCUGCGCUGCAAUGAGAUCCUGCCCGCAGAUGUACUGCUACUCAGCUCCAGUGAUCCAGACCGCCUGUGUCACAUUGAGACUGCCACGCUGGAUGGAGAGACAAACCUCAAGCAGAGACAGGUUGUCCGCAGCUUCAUAGACCUGGAUACUGAGUUCGACCCCUUGAAGUACAACAGCGUAAUUGAGUGCGAGAAGCCCAACAAUGACCUUAACCGAUUCCGUGGUUACAUAACCCAUCGCAACGGGAGGCGAGAUGGCCUCUACAAAGAAAACCUGCUGCUCCGUGGGUGCACCAUUCGCAAUACGGAGGAGGCCGUGGGCAUCGUCAUCUAUGCAGGCCAUGAGACCAAAGCCAUGCUGAACAACAGCGGACCGCGCUACAAACGCAGUAAGCUGGAGCGUCAGAUGAACGUGGAUGUCUUCUGGUGUGUUGUCAUCCUGCUGGUCAUGUGCCUGUUCUCAGCCAUCGGUCACGGCCUGUGGAUGUUUCAAUAUGGAGAUAAACGACCUGUCUUUGAUGUUCUGAGUCCUGAGGGGACAGAUUUAUCUCCAGUGGUCUCUGCGAUUUAUCUCUUCCUCACCAUGAUCAUUGUGUUUCAGGUACUUAUCCCCAUCUCCCUCUUCGUCUCCAUCGAGAUCGUGAAGAUCUGCCAGGUUUACUUCAUCCACCAGGAUGCUGAUCUGUAUGAUGAGGAGACGGACUCCCACCUGCAGUGCCGAGCGCUCAACAUCACUGAGGACCUCGGCCAGAUGCAGUACAUCUUUUCUGAUAAGACGGGCACGCUCACUGAGAACAAGAUGGUGUUCCGCCGUUGCAUUGUGGCAGGAGUGGAGUACUCGCAUGAUGCCAAUGCGAGGAGGCUGGCUAUGUACCAGGAGGUGGACUCUGAGGAGGAUGAGGGCCUGUCUCGUGGUGGGACCCUGCCGAGGAAAGAGAGUCUCACCAGUCAGCACAGUGGUGGCAAGGCAGUCCUGCGCUCACAGAGCACCAAGUCACACCGGCGCACGGGCAGCCGGGCCGAAGCUAAGCGAGCCAGCAUUCUGUCCAAACACACAGCCUUCAGCAGCCCUAUGGAAAAAGACAUCACUCCAGAUCCCCAGCUGCGAGAUAAGGUGAAUGACUGCGGCAGUCAGAUGGAGUUCAUGCGCUUCCAUAAUCAGCUCCUCAGCCAGAUCUCCCCUGACCUGCAGGACGUUUUUGACUUCUUCAUCGCGCUCACCAUCUGUAACACAGUGGUCGUGUCCUCGCCCAAUCAGCCUCGGCAGAAGGUGCGUCGUUUUGAGCUGAAGUCUCCCGUGAAGACCAUCGAGGACUUCAUCAAGCGCUUCACACCAAGUCGCCUGACCUCAGCCUCCAGCAGCAGUAGCUCAACCAGCCUGGCCACCAACCGCUCAUCCUCGCACCGCGCCUGCUCCAGCCUGCUGUCCUCGCCCUCAGCUGAGAGCACCCUCGCCAGGCUGGAGGAGGAGCGCGGAGCCACCCCCGGCAUCCGGGGGGCCUUGGGCACCACACCCGCCUGCCCCCAUGCGGGGGGCAGUGUGGCUGGUGGAUCAGAUGAGGGCGAGCUGCGUUACGAGGCUGAGUCACCGGAUGAGGCAGCUUUGGUGUACGCCGCACGUGCCUACAAGUGCUCGCUGGUAGGGCGGCUGGCCGACCAGGUGACAAUAGAGCUGCCGCACGUUGGGCGUCUCAGCUUUGAGCUGCUGCACACACUUGCUUUCGACUCCACCCGGAAAAGGAUGUCGGUGGUGGUGCGCAACCCACUUACUGAGCAAAUCACCGUCUACACCAAGGGAGCGGACUCGGUCAUCAUGGACCUCAUCAGACCUCCCGCUGCAGAUGACUCCAAAGGCAAACGGCAAAGGAAGAUUUUGUUUAAAACCCAGAACUACCUGAACCUGUAUGGCAUGGAUGGCCUCCGAACUUUAUGUAUUGCCAAAAGGGUGCUCAGUAAGGAGCAGUAUGCCAGCUGGUUACGGCGCCACCUAGAGGCUGAAACUGCUAUCCAGGGACGAGAGGAACUGCUGUUCGAGUCUGCACUCCGACUGGAGACUGACCUCCAUCUGUUAGGAGCAACAGGUAUUGAGGAUCGGCUGCAGGAUGGUGUGCCGGAGACCAUCGCUGCUCUAAGGAGAGCUGGCCUGCAGAUCUGGGUGCUGACAGGUGACAAACAGGAGACUGCCAUCAAUAUUGCCUACGCCUGCAAACUCCUCGAUCCCGAGGAGGAGAUCAUCACCCUCAAUGCUGACUCCCAGGAGGCUUGUGCUGUGUUACUAGAUGAAAGCCUCCACUACAUCCAGGCCAAGUUCCUGUGCAGCUCCUCGGCUGACCCCUGUGCAGCUGGUGUUUUCCAGCCGGACUAUGCUACGCUCCAAUUCCAUGCUCCACCAACCUCCUCUGGCACCGCUGGCCCAGUUGUGGUGCACCGGCUGGGCUUGGUAAUCGACGGUCGCACCCUGGCCUACGCACUAGACAAGAGCCUGGAGGACAAGUUCCUGGCGGUGGCUCGGAGCUGCCGCUCAGUGCUGUGCUGCCGCUCCACACCCUUGCAAAAGAGCAUGGUGGUCAAACUGGUGCGUGACAAACUCAAGGUCAUGACCUUGGCCAUAGGUGAUGGGGCUAAUGAUGUCAGUAUGAUCCAGGUGGCGGAUGUUGGAGUGGGCAUCUCUGGUCAGGAGGGCAUGCAGGCAGUGAUGGCCAGUGAUUUUGCCCUCCCUCGUUUCCAGUACCUGCAGAAGUUGCUACUCGUUCAUGGCCACUGGUGCUACUCUCGUCUGGCAAACAUGAUCCUCUACUUCUUCUACAAGAAUGCAAUGUUUGUGGCCCUCAUCUUCUGGUAUCAGUUCUACUGCGGGUUCUCUGGGUCAGCCAUGAUUGACCAGUGGUAUCUGAUCUUCUUCAAUUUGAUGUUCUCCGCGUUCCCCCAGCUCAUCACUGGCACUCUAGACAAAGAUGUGUCGGCAGACACCCUGCAGGAACUACCUCAGCUCUAUAUGAAUGGACAGAACUCGGAGGAAUAUAAACCGUACAUGUUCUGGAUGAAUAUGAUUGAUGCCUUCUACCAAAGCCUCGUCUGUUUCUUCAUCCCAUAUUUUGCCUAUGCUGACUCGGACGUGGAUCUGUUCACCUGGGGCACGCCCAUCACAACACUCGCCCUUCUCACCAUUCUGCUGCACCUGGGCAUCGAAACCAAAACAUGGACCUGGAUGAACUGGGCAUCGAUAGCUUUCAGCAUAGUGCUCUUCUUUAUGGUUGCCAUGUGCUACAAUGCCUCCUGCCCUACCUGCUACUCCCCUUCCAACCCCUAUUGGACCAUGCAAAGACUCCUGGGAGAUCCUCUGUUCUAUCUGAUGUGUGUCAUUACACCAAUUGCUGCUCUUCUCCCUAGAUACUUCUACCGAGCCUGCCAGGGAUCAUUGUUUCCCAGUCCAGUGCAGGUAGGGAGACAGCUAGACAAAGUGCCACUGGGGCUGCGUAGACACCUUGUCAACCAGAGCCGAAUAAAGGCGGGGCCUCUGAGGAGAGGAACCGCCCAUCGCACACCACUCUACCCUCUCGGCCCGCCUUUCCUUAAAGGCUGUAGCUCGAAAAUCACAGACCCAUACUCCAGCAACCCAAAACAGAAGGCCCAAGCAGCCAGUCCAAUAUGCUUAAAGAGCAUGGAGAUGAAGGACACACCAGGGAGCUCAAAGAAUCCUGUGAACCAUCUUGAACAUGUUCAGAAGGCAGGUGGCUGGGCAGGAGAAAAGAUCUCAGGCAGCCCCAGUUCGGAGGCUUUAGAGACCAGAGACCAGCUAAUAAGCCAUGUUGGCCUUCCGGAGAACAGCACUAUGCCUUAUUCUAGAGAGCCAUCUCAGCAUGAUGAGCUUUCACUUCCUGUAGGCCUGGAAACCUCUCUGAGCCCAGGACAGUCAAGUGAAAUCAUCUGGCUCACCUCCACUCCACUGAUGCCUCAAAUGGAGUGUGUGCAGCUCAUAUCGCCCCCUAGUGGGGCUUCUCCAGGAGUUACAUACCAAAAGAACCAAGAAAGCUUGGAUUGUCCACAACAGAACAUUCUCAAACAGACAUGUGGUGAGCGCCUGUCCGAUUCUCCUGACUCUGUCCAGGAAUGCUCAAAAACACCGUCAAGGGCAAACGUUGUAUGAUCCUACUUCUGUUUCUCCAGUCCAAAUUUGCACGUUAGCACUAAGAAAUUGUAUUCUAUUUUCCGGAGAUUUAUUUUAUAAAGAUAUA